CCAGUGGGCGGGGCCGAGACCUAUGCUCGCUGUAGAACGCGGGUUCGAGACCUGGCGCUGCCGCUGGCAGCGGCUGGGGCCCUGGGUUAGGGGGUCAUGGACAAAGAACCAGAGGUCAACUAGGACUCUGUAAGCAGGAUAUGGAGCCAGGGCCCUCCCAGGAAGUGCAGAGUCGAGGAGGCUAGGGGUGGACUCUUGCUGGGGGCGAGGGGGAGGGCAGGGUGCUUGGUAAGGCUGGAGGUGGGCCGACGCGGACUUCCUGUGCCAGGCUUCCGGGCGACACUGGUCAGUGGACUCUGACCCAGGGCUUGGCCGUCCUGCCCUGGGCCUCCCCCACUCUGGUCACUGCCACUGCCAUGCUGACCCCCAGGACUGCUCUCCUCUUGACUCUGCUCCUGGCUGGGGGCUCCCUGAGCAGGAGGGCUCGGAGACCCCCUCGACCCGCGUCUCCCAUCAGCACUAUCCAGCCGAAGGCCAACUUUGAUGUUCAGCAGUUUGCAGGAACGUGGCUCCUUGUGGCGGUGGCCUCCUCGUGCCGCUUCCUGCAGGAGCAGGGCCACCGGGCUGAGGCCACCGCACUGCGUGUGGCUCCCCAGGGUGCAGCCAUGGCCGUCAGCACCUUCCGGAAGCUGGAUGGGAUCUGCUGGCAGGUACGGCAGCUCUACAGAGACACAGGAGUCGCGGGGCAUUUCCUGCUCCAAGCCCGAGGUGCCCGUGGGCCGGUAGACGUGGUCGUCGGGGAGACAGACUACCGAGGCUUCGCCAUCCUGUACCUGGAGCGGGCGCGGCAGCUGUCGGUGAAGCUGUACGCCCGCUCACUCCCCCCGAGUGACGCGGCCCUGAGUGCAUUCGAGCAGCGGAUCCAGAGGGCCAACCUGACCGAGGACCAGAUCUUGUUCUUCCCCAAGUAUGGUUUCUGCGAGGCCGCAGACCAGUUCCACGUCCUGGAUGAAGUGAGGAGGUGAGUCCAGGGGGCAGCCCUGAACUCGGAAGGAGUGAAGACCCUGAAGGUGAUGGCCCCCGCUGCCCCAUUCAUUCACUGAGCCCCGGCACCCCGCGGGGCAGGGCCACCCAGCGGGGACUGGAGCUGCGCACCGCCCACGGGAGCGCAGGGGCACUGCUUUCAUUAAACGCUGUCUGUCCUGGCCCCUGA